AUGUGCUUGUGGGAACUCAAAGGAUGUUACAAGGCUGAGAGAGUGUUGAACAAGGUUAUUGAUAUGGGCCAUGGAAUGAUGGAACUAUAUCAUAUUGAGAAAUUUGUAUGCACAGAGGAAAGAUGGAGAGAUGCAGAGGAAAUUAAGCUUCUGUCUUAUCCCACUCACGUACUCCGUUCCUUUGUAGUUUUGCAUGGCAUUAGUGAUAAAUGCAGUAACGCGGGAGUCACACAGUUUACUGAGCUCUUAAGCAGUGUGUCUGGCUCUCAAGGAUACGCAUGUAUAGAAAUUGGAGAUGGAUCGUGGGACUCCUGGACUAUGCCCUUACUCUUGCAGACAGCAAUUGCUUGCGAGAAGGUCAUAGAUUUGGGUACUAUGAUUGGUCGAGGGGUUAUUGUUUGUGACGGAGGACCAUCUGUAAAGAAUUUCAUUUCACUGGCAGUCCAUGCUGGUACUGCUUCAAUUCCAUUUUGUGGAUUUUGCAGUCUGUUUGAUAUGCAUUCUCCGGGAAGUUUAAUUAAGACAGAGGUCUACAGCAACUAUGUACAGGACAUUCCUGAGUAUCUAAAGGGAUUGAGGUUUCUCCCAAAACUUAACAAUGAACUUGCUGACAAAAGAAAUUCCACUUAUAAGGAACGUUUUUCUAGCUUGGAGAAUUUGGUGCUUAUCAUGUUUGAGCAAGACACGGUUUUGAUACCCAAGGAAACUUCCUGGUUUGGGUAUUUUCCAGAUGGGUCCUUUGAUACUAUUUUAUCUGCAAAAGAGGACUUUGGUAAGGAAGCUCGUGCGGCUGCAUGGGCAACUGAACAGAGAACUCUGCAUGGUCUCCAGUCCUCUGACACAAAAAAGUUUUCUGAUAAAAUAAGCACUUUUGGGGACCUCAAUCUCAUGGCAGAAGAAGCUAAAAAGCGUGCAGAGAUUGCAAGGAUGAGGGAGCUUCACACUUUGAAAGGGAAGGUUGAAUCAUCUGCCAAGUUAAGGGGUCUGGACAUUGAUGCCAUGAACCAGCACUACACUGUCUAA